AGCCCUUUUAUGAGAAAGAAGUCCGAGACCUCAUCAAUGGGCAAUAAUGCUUUGGCCCGUGCCAUUCUCAUGGGCAGGAGUAAUUAUACUUAUACAAAUGAUACAUGUUCUCAUUGUAUGCAUUCCCUAAAUUGAUAAUGGAGACUUACAGAAGUACGGUGGCACCGCGGCGCAGGAUGCUUUUUGCUUGAAACUCCCCCAUUUGAAACAUGGAGAACUUGGGUUCUUAAAAAGGGCUUCGGAAGCUCUCUGCGUAAGGUUCGUGAUAGACAUAUCAAGAUUGGAAAAAAUGGAAGAUAUUGAAGAUGUGAUUGGCAGUGGAGCUCCUCCUGGUCUUCGCUUUCCUAUGAUAGCAGUUGGAAUGAAACCCAAAAAGCUUCAAUCUCGCAAAAUGGAGGACAUCCCUUCACUGAACAUACCUGGAACGCAGACGAUAUACAUAAAGACAUUUGGAUGCUCCCACAAUCAGAGUGACAGUGAAUACAUGGCCGGCCAACUUUCAGCUUAUGGAUAUGCUAUUAAUGACAAUCCUGAGGAGGCAGAUUUGUGGCUGAUUAAUACAUGUACUGUGAAGUCACCUAGUCAAUCUGCUAUGGAGACCCUGAUAUUAAAAUCUAAAAGUGCGAGGAAACCACUAGUGGUGGCAGGAUGCGUCCCUCAAGGCAGUAAAGAUCUGAAGGAACUGGAAGGUGUGAGUAUAAUUGGUGUUCAACAAAUUGAUCGAGUUGUGGAGGUAGUUGAAGAAACAUUGAAAGGUCAUGAGGUGCGCCUCUUGAAAAGAAGCACGCUGCCAGCACUUGACCUGCCAAAGGUGAGGAAGAAUAGAUUUGUUGAGAUUCUUCCCAUUAACGUCGGCUGUUUAGGCGCUUGCACUUAUUGUAAGACAAAGCAUGCUCGUGGACAUUUAGGGAGUUAUACAGUGGAAAGCCUGGUUAAUCGUGUUAGACAAGUUAUAUCAGGAGGAGUAAAAGAGAUUUGGUUGAGCAGUGAAGACACGGGUGCUUAUGGUCGAGAUAUAGGAGUCAAUCUUCCAAUUUUACUGAAUGCAAUUGUUGCGGAGCUUCCUCCUGAUAGAAGUACAAUACUUCGGAUUGGCAUGACAAAUCCUCCUUUUAUUCUUGAGCACUUGAAUGAGAUAGCUAAAGUUUUGUGCCAUCCAUGUGUGUACUCAUUUCUGCAUGUACCAGUCCAGUCUGGAAGUGAUUUUGUACUGAAGGCAAUGAAUCGAGAAUAUACUGUGGGUGAGUUCAAAGUUGUGGUAGAUACUCUAAAUCAACUAGUACCUGGCAUGCAAAUUGCAACUGACAUAAUAUGUGGAUUCCCAGGUGAAACAGAUGAAGAUUUUGCUGAAACCAUUAAGCUGAUUCAGGAGUAUAGAUUUCCACAUGUUCAUAUCUCACAAUUCUAUCCAAGACCAGGCUUCCUUCACCCCAUUCGAGCACAUGUGCAGGAUCCAGAUCUCCACUGCUGGUUGCCUAUUGUCAGGCCCCUAGCCUUGAUGCAUGCAUGCUGGUCAAGGGGGAGGGCCAGAAAAGUUCCCUCGAACCAGCCAAUCUAAGGAUGAGAGGCUGUACCAUGGUGCUUGUGGUGCACCUAUGCUAGUUAGGCAGGAAGAUGGUGAUAGCCUUGGGUUGACCGGUGGACCGCUACGGACAAGGCACGAUGGUGGUGCAUGACCCAGAGCUGGUGGUGCUUAACCCAGAGACCGUGGUGCAUGACCCUGAGUCAGUGGUGCAUGGCAAGGAAAGGGGAUUUAGGCCCUGCAGCCAGCUCAGUGCACAGCAAGGCAGUGCCCUGGACCAUGGGGCCCAUGAUGUGCUGAGGUUGGGCAAGCAGCCAAAUUGGAAUUCAAAUAGUGGCAGGACAAUGAUGGUGCGGCAAAGGCAUCCGUGGCUGGCCGGCAUGGUGCAUGAAGGUUGCGUGUUCGGCAUGCCAAUGCCUGCAGGCACCUGCCAGGGGCCUACAACACCCAUCAUGAGGCACCAGGGGGCCCAAGCAACCCCAACGGUCAUCCUGGCAGGUGCAGCAGAGGCAGCCGCUAGGUGGCACUUGUAAUUUGAAUUUCAAAUAGUGUGACCAGUGGUCUAUAUAAACCCUAGGCCUAGACCCAUAGUGGGCAUCUGUGGCAGUGUACCCUGUAAUUGUGAAGAGCUUGAUAAAACUGGGCCACGGCCCUUAGACCCUAGUCCCUGUGCGUGUGUGUAUGCUUAUGUACUAGUGUGUGCACACUUGUGCUGUGGUGGUGGUGCUGGGUGAGGCUAAACCUGUGCUUCAAGUGAACCAGGCUUGUGAGACAGGGCCACACAAUUGGCUAGAAAAAAACUCAUUGAUGAUAAUUGAUAUGAAAUCUUAGCAUGUAUAUGGCUUACAAGUUCUAUGAAAGAUAUUCAGUGAUGGAUGGUUUUGGCUCCAUGUGUGAAUCAUUUACAAAGAUUUGUGAUAUAAUGCUUAUGGAAAACAAUAUCCUUAAAAAGUGACUGCUGCCUUUGCAUGCAUUGUUAUAAUAAUGUAGUACAGGUAACAAUUAGACAACUGAUGGUGGAAUCCCCGAGAUACACACACACAUACAGUUGCGGUUAUAUUAAAAGUUUAUUAAUGAAUUGUAUGUUUCAUUCCACCAUCUUGAUAAGAACUGGUGGUGGAAUCUCAUGUAUAUAAACAGUAGUUUGUUUUCAUUGCUGAUAAUUGAUAUGGAAUCUUGGCAUGUAUAUAAGAUUUGCAAGUUCUAUGAAAGAUAUUCAGUGUUAGAUGGUUUAAGCUCCAUGUUUGGUUAUUUACAAAGAUUUGUGAUAUAUCUUGAUGGCAACAAUAUCUUUUAAAUUUAAAAUAAAAAAAAAUGAAAAACUUGAAAGAUAUUGCAUACCUUGUGAUAAUAAUAUAUUACAGGUAACGAUGACCAGUUUUCCUUAUUUGUGAACAAUUGAAAUUAACAAACUUUUAAUAUUUCAUUGCUGUUGUUUGUAAUCUUUGGUUGGUGCUUGAU